AUGAAAAUGGACAAAGGUGUAUUACGACUACAUCAGCCAUCUGAAUAUAAAUAUCGUGUUUCUGGUCAUAACAAGAUGAUCAAGCUGCCCAAUGGAAAAAUUGCGAAGCAAGCAACCGAAAAGGAGCGGUCAUGUUAUGAACAAAUUAUGAGAUCGAAUUCGGAUCUUGCUCGUUUUAGUGCUUCCUAUUUUGGUCUCCAACCUAUAGAAGUUUCGUUUGUUCUAUACUAUAAUAUUGCAGAUUAUAUCUCCCUCAAAUGA